AAUCCUCCCCACUAAAACCACCCCAAACCACCCCAUCCCCCUCACCACCACCACCACCAACACCAACACCAAUACACUGCUGGUCUGCGAAUCACAAAAAAACACCACCAACACCACACUUCACCCCCUCACCUCAAACCCCACCACCACCACCACCUCAUCAAAACUACCCACCCCCACCCCCCACCCCAGCAUGGCCCACACACAAAACAGACUCGCCCUCGCCGUGUUCCUGGCAGUAGGCGCGUGUCUGAUGGGCGUCGCGAGGUCCCGGAUGGCGUACGUGUUCCCCGCGGACUACGACCUGAUCACGGGGCAAGUGGUACAGCAGUUCGCAUGCGAGGGUCGUCCCUAUGGGUACUAUGCGGACGUGGACAACGCCUGCAGGGUUUUCCACAUCUGUCUGCCCAUACAAGACAACGAAGGCCAGGUGGUUCAGACGGCCCACUUCUCCUUCAUCUGCGGCAAUCAGACCGUCUUCGACCAGGAGACGCUCACGUGUAACCACCCCGAGUACGCCUUCCCGUGCGACCAGGCGCCCUCCCUCUACGACUCCCGCAACGCCCUCUUCGGCCAAGUGGACCAGGAGUUCUGAAGAGAGUCACGGGCUGUUCUCUGAUUUUCGUUUGUCUCCCUGGAUGAUGUUUCUGAGUGUGUCUGUGUGUGUCUUAUUUUUUUUAUAUCACGGUCUUAUUUUGCUUUUACUGGAGGAUCGAGGACUCGAAAAGGUUUGAUUCGAUGGCUGAAAUAUUCUCCUCAUUGUGGUUUGUCUUUUUUUAGUUUUCAUUUUAUGGUUUCGUUUUCCUUUUGCUCUACUUUUUCCUUUCUCUACGUUUUCCUUUUGCUCUCUUUUGAUCAAGGGUUCGAAAAAGGGAUGUGAUUCGAUGGGUGAAGUUUCUUUCGUCUCUGUUUGUCUUCUUCAGUUUUCAUUUUACAGCUUUCUUUUGCUGUUACUGAUGGAUCAUGGGUUCGAAAAGGAGUGUGAUUCGAUUAAUGAAGUUUUCUAUUGUCUUGGGGUCAGUUCUAGAUCGGUGCGUGAUUCUUGCUGGAGGAGGAAAAGUUUGAAAAGGGAGUUCGAUUCGAUUGCUGUCUUCUUUUUUCGCGGGGUUCAAUUCCAGAAAGGAGUGUGAUCCUCUCAAGUCUUAUAUCGUCGUGGGGUUGGUGUUGCUGAAGAGAGUGUGAUCCCAUUGUGUUAUCUUGAUCUCUUUCAUUAUUCUUUACUUCUCAAUAGUCCGACAGGGUGGCUAUAGUAGAGAAAGGGGCUUCCUCCUUUUAUAAUUAUUUUUGAUACUUGGGUGAUAGUUUCCUGUUGGAUUAUUGUCUGUAUGUGUUUAUCACGGUCCUUAGGAAUUGUUCUCUCUUUUGAAGCGGACUGAAUGCUCUACAAAAAGUAUAUCUGAUUCUUCUGUGUCGGAUCUCUUCUUUAGUUUAUGAAGUGUUCUCUCUCUUUAAAGACUCGUGAACCAAGAGCCUUAAAAUGAGUGCCUACAGUGUUCUCUUUCACAUUUCUUCUCUAUCACCUGUCUCGGCGUUCUCGUGGACAAAGUUUUGGUGGUUCCUGGUGUUUAGAGGUCUUGAUUUUCUAAUGUUAUUUUCGAAACGAUUCCUUCUUUUCUUUCAUCUUCUCUUGAGGUGUUUCUUCCUAAGUUUGUGAUGGUAUGUUCCAGUCUGUUUGCCUUGUUCAGUUUUGUUUUGUUUGCGGAAUGUUGGUCAUCUGUUGUUGGUAAGGGAGAUAGAUCUAUUACCUAUCUGUUCCCUAUUGUUUGAAGUGACCUGCUGUUGUUUGAAUGAGAGGAAAGGUUAUUUGAUACUGUAUAUUUAUCUGCUCUUUUCUGUCUGAUGAGACUUCCUUGUUUUGGUGAGAGGAAAGGAUAAUUAAUACUUUUUAUCUAUAUGUUAUCUGUUUGAAGUGAAGCUUGUUUUGGUGAGAGGAAAGGCGAUUUGAUACUGUUUAUUUAUUUGCUCUUUUCUGUUUGAUGAGACUCCUUGUUUUGACGAGAGGAAAGGAUAAUUAAUACUUUUUGUCUAUAUGUUAUCUGUUUGAAGUGACGCUUGUUUUGGUGAGAGGAAAGGCAAUUUGAUACUGUUUAUUUAUCUGUUCUCCCCUGUUUGAAGUGACCUGCUUGUUGGAUAAAAGGAGAGGAGAGUCGAUGCUGUAUAUGUUAUUUUUUUCUGUUUAUUGUGAGCGCAUUACCGUGUCUUGUUCUGAGUGUGAUAUACAAGUUUGCCACAACUAUCUCACAAUCUUUUACUCUCCUUUAUUGUUCUUGUUUACUGUAUUGUCAAAAUUUAGACUAUACGCAUGUUUUUGUGUGUUUGUUGUGGAAGGUUAUGUAUUAUUGUGUGAUAUACAAGCUUAAUACAAUACU